GGAUAGUAAAUUGCUAGUGACUCCACACUGGGAUUCGUUACCUGGCUAACCAAUACCCGUAGUGCAAAACACAACAGAUCACUGUAAGUCUACCGGUUACUGGUGUGGAAUUACUGGCGCCCGAUGUGGCUCAGCGGGUUUCCUCGCAAGUUGUUGUUGUAAUCGUAACAAAAUUCUUGCGUCUGGAAGGUAAGGAAGUAGUAGGUAGGGUGUCUGGAAAACUCUAAUAGGAUGAGUCACGGCAAGUCGUCCCGGUGGCACGAAUGACCAAGAUCACAGCUACGAUCUGCAGUUGCGCUCGCCACACCUUUCGCUUUCCAAAGCGACGGACCCCACCACCAGAAACUAACUCACCCACAUGAAGAGCCACGCAUUGGUUGCUGCAAUUGUGCUGACAGCUACCGCUACCAUGGAUUCGACAAUGGGCAUGCCCCAGUUUCUGCAGGAGCUUCCGAACGGCAGCUUAUUCCAGCAGGCUCUCGGCCACCCUGGCGACGACAGCUCGCAGCAAACGGAUUUUGCCCAAGCGUUCGAUAACGCCGGACAGUCGUGGACAAAAAGCUUGUGUGAAGCCAAGUUUCCUGGGUCAAGCAUGACCAACGGCCAGGCUUUUGGAGACCCUUGUUGCACAUGGAAGAAGGGUGGCAAGCCUGACUUUACCGUCACUCCAUUCACAACGACGCCAGGCAAGGCUACCACGUGUGCAUCGAACGGUGUUCCCAGUCCAGCUUCUAAUGCAUCGAAGGGUUCUUCUGGUGGGGACUCAAAUGCUACGAAGGGCUGGACGCCGAUGCCUGCUUCCGACGCUGUGAAAAGCAAUACUGGGGGAUCAACUCCAUCGCCUUCAGCUCGCUGCACCGGUAAGAAGAAACUGCGCGAGUAAACUGGGUGAUAUGACAUUAAGCUAUCUUCAAAAAUUCGAGCGAAGAGCAUCGCGCUAAUUUUUGCUAAGCAUAAGCUAGAAGUGCAUGAUUCACGCAUUGCAUGCAGCAUGAAUGUAACGUUAGUUUUGGCAAUGCUG